UGCCCUGCACCGUGCUUACAUUACGCGCUACAAACUCUCCCGUAGCGAUGCGGAGAGUGUCAGACAGAUAUUGGAAUGUGCUUUCUUUUAUUCGGAAUAUCAGUGAAUAUCACUCGAAUAUCUGAGAAGUGUUGUCUGCGAACGUGUGAAUAACUCGAUCAUGUUAUCUUGAUCCAGAUUCUCUACGCAGGUAUGUGCAUAUUCGCCGCCAACGCGCUCGCUAUUGACUGCUGCCAGAUCAAAAAUGCUUCGUUCUGCGUCUCGCGGCCCGCUCUUCAGCCCUGGAGCCUGUGAGAUUAACGACGAAUCGACUAUGCAGCGUUCACCGACUCGCGAACACCCUCGCACACGUGAAGGAAGCGGCGUAACCUCCGGAAUCGUUCGCUCCAAGUGUCACUUUCUUCUGAUAGAAAACAGCGACUCGGAGUAACAUCACGCAGAUGGCUCGGAGCUGCUUUAAGCGCGAUGUAUUGGAACCGUUUGCGAGCUAAUUCCAUUACCCAUUGCAACCAUGAACACAACGUUGAGCACCAUGAGCAGCGGCGGCGAUAAACGUGUGCCGGAGACCACCAUGCAAACUGUCGCACAGAACUUAACUACAAUGCAGAGUGUACAAAGCGUGCAAAGUGUACAAAGUGUAGUUCAAAGCAGUGUACAGAACAUUCAACCAACUCAGACCGUCGUUGGAUCGGUGGGAGCACCUGGCAGCUUGGUGGGUAAAUCAGUGUCGCUAGAUAUCAAUCCGAAACUAUCCUUAAUGAAACCUGUGGUACCUUCUGGCACAACUUCGCCCGCUGAAACCAGUAAAAUAACAACUACGUUAUGCUCUGUAGGAUCUACAGUAAGAAUAAUAUCACCAGCAAUAUUGAGCAGUGUAGAGAGACAAAGUCAACCACAAACACAGCAGUUAACGCAACAAACAGUCAAUAUGCCAGCCACCUACCAUGUACCACGAGGACCUGCAGCAGUUGCUAAUAUCUCCGCACCCAGAUCGACAGUUGCCACUCCUAUCGUCAGAGCAAAUACAGGACAGACAGUGCCUACUACCAGACCAGGGAGUAAUACACCAAUUACUACUCAUCAAUGGCCAUCUAAGAUAACGUCCGUCAUAUACGCGCAACCACAAAGGCAUCCUACACCACCAGUCAGCAGAGUCUCCAGACCACCAUCGACCGUAUAUACAGGGCACCAAACACGACUGAUCACGCCGACAAAUCAAGGAAGAUCCGUGCAAGCAACCAUGGCUACUGGUAGUCCGUCCAGGUUAAUAACGCCCACUCUGCAAGCAAACAGCAACGUUACCAGACUUCCAGUUGCGCAAAACAGAUUAUCGACGCCGCAAGUAGUAACCAUGUCCCAGAUUUCGCAACCCGGAAAAUCGUCGACGCAAAAUAUUCAGCCUACUCAGUCUAGCAGACCUUUGACCACGACGGGCACUACUAAACGUAUAGCUGUAUCAACGCCUAUCGUAGAGACGGGAAACAGAAUAAGCGGCACAGCAUCAAUUACUGUCGGUUCGAUGGAAUCGGGAGUAGGUCGACCUCUGUCAAUUAAUACGGUGGCUGGACCGUCGACCGGCACUGUCAGCCACAUUGUUAUUCCUUCACAGCAGGUUCAACAACAAGGCGCGCCGCGUGUUAUGCAGACCGUCACAUCGCUAUCAAACCUCAGUACAGUGUCGCAGGUGAUUACGACAACCGCGAGUACACAGUCAAACGCGAUGCGUAUAUUGCAAACGGCCCCGACUACAGUGGCGAAAAUCACAGGCAUGUCCAUACAUCCUCUGCCCAUAGUACCGGUGAGGGCAGCACCGGCACCGGUCAAGACCGCUGCCGCGCAGUCCCAGAGCAUCGGACAAGCAGUACAAAUUAAACCGGCGCAACAAACCAGCUUACGCGUGUCAUCAACUGGUACCAACAAUAGCACGGCUACCAGCUCCGCUCAGCCGCUCCAGACACAAUACGUACACACCACGCCGCAUACCACGUACUAUUCUUUCGAAGGAACGUACUCACAGUAUCGACAGGCUUCAGUACAGCCGGUGAGACUUGUUGUUGAACCAGGAGGAUAUGAUGAACUUCCUAGCAAACCUAACGCAUCCCCAAGGCCGAGUAUCUUGAGGAAGAGAGAUCAUGACAAUUCACCUAUUAAAGGUGCAGCUAAAAAUCUAGUUCCUGUACUUGCAUCUUUGCCAUCAAGUAGAUCACUGUCCAGUCCACCAUGCUCACCAAAAGGGGAUCAGGACGGUGGAUGUCAGAGUUCAGGAUCUACAACUGUAUCUGCAACGUCUUCGCCGGGUCUUGAUGAGGAACCCGAACAAUCUAGAAUUACUAUAAAUCCUACUGUAGAAAUGUCACCGAGGAAAAAGCCCCGUAAACAACAACUCACAGGUGUAGAAUUAACUAAAGCUAGAUGCACAGAAGAGGAGAUGCAAUUUAUCACCGAGGAGAAGGUAAAGAAGGACCUCAAAGACGAAUCAAGAGAGAAGACAUCCGACAAGAAACAAAUCUCGAAUGUGCAGAGUGACAUUAAAUCAUCUUCUCAGCAAACAGAAAUUACGAUACGUUCACGACCUAUGCCAAGUUUGUUAGGUUCUUCCUGGAAGAAUAAAUGGGAUACUAGAUUACAUCAUUAUAGACGACCCAGUGAUGUUCGGCCUCGCGAGGAAAGAAGACCAACAGUUGCUGAAUUGGCACAACAGAAACACGUGUUACAAAAAUUGAACGGCUGGAAAGUAUAUCAUCUCACUGCACAAAUGGAAGAUAUCGCAGAUCUCGAGAAGCAGGUACACGAGAAAUUGAAAACCACGUUAAUGCUGCUGGAAUCACAGCAAACUAUUAAAAACAGGCACAAUGAUGGGCUCGAGCGUGUAAAUGAACUAAUCAAGGGAAAUAUGCAGCGCAGUAAUUUAAUUAGCGAAGGCAUGAACGAGGCCCGUACACAACUUGUCACUAUAUUUCAACAUAAGGGUCCUAUCACUGAUCUUUUACAACGUUGCGGUAACAAACGAGCUCAAAAAAAGAGAGAUAAAUGAGUUCGCGUGAUAUAUGAAUGAAGGAUGUUUAUAAAAAAGAACUCUUAAAUCCACAAGAAAACUAUUUUUAUCUGUGUCAGAUUCUAUACAUAUAGGAAUAAAUAAAUGGUUUUAUAUAUUUAAAAGACACACUAUGUGUCACUAUAUAUAUAUUAUAUAUAUCAUACGUUUAUAAUUUUAUUAUAUAUAAAUCCACGCUGUUUUUAUUUUAAUAUAAUGUCUCCUACUCAUCUUGCCA